GGCUCCUCACUCCCCCUCUCAUUGUACGCCUGUCCUUUCCUUCCAGAAGAGAGGGAUCAUGCUUCGUCCCUUUCCCUCCUCCUUCUCCUCCUCCUCUUCUUCACUUCCUCACUAUCAUUCUGGGGUCUUUGUAUCAAACGGAGCACCACGUUUUCCUUCUGAGCAGAGCAUUGGAAGCUGUCCCUCUCUUCUCAGCAUGGUGGACUUUUAGAAGCGGGGUUUCCUGGGCUAGGACGCUUGCACAUCAGCUCUCUACACUACCAAAGGUCCUGGUAGGAUGCAAGUCUUAGUGGGACUCCUGCUUUCCUCACAGGACAGCUCACUUCUCCUUGAAGUUUAAGGACACUCCAGGAAUCUCUUCAUUUAUUUUUGUCUGUGUGUGAGAGAGCGAGAGUGUGUGUGUUGGUCUGUUAAGAUUUGGUUAUGAGUGUGUAAGAGAGUCUGUGUGUGAGCGAGUCUGUGUGUGUCUGUGUGUGUUGCUCUGUAUGCAGUGCAGUCCGCUCCCGCUCCCGUUCUGGAGGGCUUAGCCGACGCUGGAGGGUGAAGGAGACAGUGGACCCGCUGUCCCCUACUCCCGGAGAACCUCCCCAGUGGCACAGACUAGAGAAGCGGAGGGAAGAGAAAGAGAAGGGCUGAGAGACAGGUAUAACAAACAGAGGGAAAGAGGUAGAAUGAGAGGGGACUUUUCGACAAAACAGUGAAGUGCAUGACCACUAAAGGAGACAAAAACCACUUCAGGAGAGACAAAGACACUACAGACACAUACAACCCAGUGAAGACUGGAACAAGGCUGGCAAGCAGCCCCAGCAGCCCACCACCACCACCGACAGUACAGCCACCACCAUGCAGGUGUCGUUUGCAUGUUCGGACCAGGACGGAGGAAGAGGAGGGCUGAGGCCCCCGGGGAAUGGAGGGCACAGCAAGCAGAAUGCCACCAGUACCAACACGGCCAGCCAGGCGCGGGCACGUUUCCGUACGGUGGCCCUUAUCGCCCGCAGCCUGGGCUCCUUCACCAACCGCUACCACCACAACCUCAAGGAGUCCACCGCCAAGCUCACUGGCAUGAAGUACCGGAACCUGGGGAAAUCAGGCCUGCGUGUUUCCUGUUUGGGCCUCGGUACUUGGGUAACGUUUGGAGGUCAGAUUUCAGAUGAGGUGGCUGAGCAGCUGAUGACCAUCGCCUACGAGAACGGGGUCAAUCUCUUCGACACAGCCGAAGUUUACGCUGGGGGGAAAGCUGAGGUAAUCCUGGGUAACAUCAUCAAGAAAAAGUGCUGGAGGAGGUCCAGUCUGGUGAUCACCACCAAGCUCUACUGGGGAGGAAAAGCGGAGACAGAGAGAGGACUCAACAGAAAGCACAUAAUUGAAGGUCUGAGGAGCUCUCUACAGAGAAUGCAGCUGGAGUAUGUGGAUGUGGUGUUUGCCAACCGGCCCGACAGCAACACCCCCAUGGAGGAGAUUGUGAGGGCGAUGACCCAUGUGAUCAACCAGGGUAUGUCCAUGUACUGGGGGACAUCACGAUGGUCUGCCAUGGAGAUCAUGGAGGCGUACUCUGUGGCUAGGCAGUUUAACCUGAUCCCUCCAGUGUGUGAGCAGGCCGAGUAUAAUUUCUUCCAGAGGGACAAGGUUGAGACACAGCUGCCUGAGCUCUAUCACAAGAUAGGUGUGGGUGUGGUAUCCUGGUCGCCUCUAGCUUGUGGAAUCAUCACUGGGAAGUAUGAGAAUGGUAUCCCAGAAUGCUCCAGGGCCUCCAUGAAGCCGUAUGCCUGGUUGAAGGAGAAGAUAGUGAGUGAGGAUGGGAGGAAACAACAGGCCAAGCUGAAGGAGCUGACUACCAUCUCUGAGAAGCUGGGUUGUACUCUGCCACAACUAGCCAUCGCCUGGUGCCUGAGGAAUGAAGGAGUGAGCUCAGUGUUGCUGGGAACAUCCAGCCCCAUCCAGCUUGCAGAGAACCUGAGGGCCAUGGAGGUCAUUCCAAAGAUGACAGCAGGCAUUGUCACAGAGAUUGACCACGUCUUGGGAAACCGACCGCACAGUAAGAAGGACUUUCAUCAAGCACAUUAGGAUAGACCAUUUUACAGAACUGUGAUUGAUAGGCCUAAUCUGGACAAGAUCUCAUCAGUGGCACCUCCAGUGUGUGCCCAACCCUGCUCUUGUGUAUGUGUGUGUUCUGCACAGCUCCUCCGCCUGCCUCGUCCGUAUGAAGAUCAGCCUGUACUCAAUGUCGUUAACUGAGAGCUCUACUUGACAAAGCUUGCAUGCCACGGCUCUGCUACAGUGCAGACAGUUUAAACUUGCCUAAACAAUCAUUGUUAUCAAGAUGUGCUCAUAAAAGAAAAUCACACCAUUUCUUGAAUGGGGUCUGUUUGUAAAAGUAGUCUUUCUCUUGAUUUGAGAGCAACUUCCUCUGUAACGUCAGAGGAUAGUGUAUAGUGCAUCUCAAACAAUAAUUCAUCCAAUGAGCUUUAAAAGCAUGUCUGUAUUACAUUUUUAGACAUGCAUGGAUCAGGGGAGGUAAACAUAAUUCCAAGCCACUAAAUAUCCCUUUGGUCAAGUAUGGUAAUUCAUCUCUGGAUGGUGUAUCAUAUCACCCAGACACUGCAAAGAUCUGGCCACCCUUCCUAAAUGUGCUGUGGCUGAGAAUGGAAACUGCUCAGGGAUAUCACUAUGAGGCUAAAGACGUUCAUGGAUCAACAACAUCCUAUUCACUCCAUAUUACUGGCAUGUAUGACAAAGUAAAAAGAAGGAAGCUAAAAAAUCCAUUCUAAAUCAUCCAGUUUGCAACAAGGCCAUUAAGUAAUACUGCAAUACAUCAUGGCAAAGAAAUUAACUUUUUGGCCUAAAUAAGGAAACAGGAAACGUUUGGGGCAAAUCUAACGCGACACAUCACAGAGUGAAAACCUCUGGAUUUCCAAGUAUUGUAGUAGCAGUAUCAUGUUAUGGGUAUGCAUGUCACCGGCAAUAUCUGGGGAGUUUGUCCAGAUCAAAAUAAAUAUAAAUGGAGCGAAGCAAAUCUAACAUUUUACAGGAAAACAAGCCUCAUUCCUCUGAAGACCUAACACUAGGAUAUUAUUGUAUUUUUCAGAGGGAAAUGUAUAUGACUUUUAAGGCCAAAAACACUCCAGAAUGGCUUUCGAAUAGAUGUGUUCCUUAGUGUUCCAGUCUCAGUCCUGACUUGGCUUAAAUCUGCUUUAAAAUCAGAGACAAGAUUUGAAUCUUCCUAUGCAUCAAUAAUUCCCAACCAAACUGACUGAGCUUGAGCAAUUUUGACAAACACAAUGUAUAUAUGUUGUACAAAGUUGGUGGAAUCUUAUUCAAAAUGAGUCAUAGCAGUAACUGCUGCCAAUAGUGCAUCCACCAAGAGCUAUGCAAUCAAGAUAUCUUUGCUUCUUAUUUUUGAAUCCGUUUAGACAUUUUCUAUGCAUCUCCUUUCACUUUGAAAAUGUGUGUAGAUUGUCUAGAUCAGCAGGAAAACAAAAAAUCCUAUUUAAUCCCAUUUCAGAUUUAAAUUCAAGGCAGCAAAAUCUGAAGACUGUACAAGCGGUGCGUAGGUUUUCACUGCACUGUACAUGACUUAAGUGACAGCACAUGCCAAUAUAUAUCCUCCAAACACCGGCUUCGAGGACAUUAUCACUAUCACUAUUAUCACAUAUUCCAGUAAUAAUUGACAUAUUUUCAUUUAAAAAAAUAUUUAGAAUAAUUUAUUAAUACUAUUUCAUCCUUCCACAAGAUAUAGUCCCGACACUAAUCUAGGGUUGCUACCCAAGCCGGCUGGUCGUUCGUUCUAUCGGUUCGGUUGCCAGAGAUGCGACCCAGUCGUUCAGUCUUUUUGUUCUGUAUCUAUGGACGUGACCCAGUCGUUCGUUCUAAAUGUUCCAUUGCCAUGCUGGCUGGCAUCGUUCUUAUCCCUUGCUUGCUAGGUAGCCAACUACGGCUAACUUUACAGUCACAUCAAACGUGCAGACAGAAUAACAGCAAAGUAGCUGCAUUUGCAUUUGUUUCAGCUGUUUUCUGGUGACAUUUAAUUGGAAACAUCCAUAACAAGGCGCAAAUGAGGCACGAUUUUGUCUGGCAUUGAAAUUGUGCUCACUUGUCAGGAAAAUGUUGUUCAGAGGAGCUAGCCAACAACACAGCUAACACAAUGACUUCAAACUGAAGCUGAAAAGACUGCAAACUAGCUGCACUUUGUUUCGUUUGACCUUUUUUUUCAAUUGACAUUUCUUUGUAUAUAUACAUAAAAAUUAAUUACGCCAGCUGAUUCAUGAUUUCGACUGGCUGACAUGCUGACCACACCGCCCGCGUAGCGUGUGCGAGCUUUGCAAAAUAAAUCUACACAUACAUGUUAUUCAAUCAUUGCAUCCACACUGCUCUCGCGCAUCAACGAGCGUCUACGUAGCCAGGUGUUAAAAUAGAACUUGGAUCUUUUUGUGAUGCUUGACGUGCUGUAAGUCCCGCCUUUCCCAUCUCCUCAUUUGGUUUUUAAGAGCAUAUACACACGUGAGUGACUGAAAGAUAAACUGAGGUCCACAAUCCAGUCCAGUUGGGGCUGGUAAUGCACCUUAAAGAUGGUGGUCUGCCGCCAAAAUCCAAAGAAGAAGACUGAAGGAGGAGAGAUUACUAGAAACUAACUUUGAUCUGUGGAUUUAUUGUCGGAGUAGAGGACCUUGUGCAUUUCAGGUAUAACAACAACCCAAUGUUUAUAUCCCAGGACAAAUUAGCUAGCAACAGCAAGCUAACUAGCUAAAUUACCAUAAAUGUUUAAUGUUUUUUGACCUGUCCCCAAAUGAAUAUAUUUGGUUCAGAGUUCGUUUUGAUAUGGACAAAAUCAACAUGCGUGUGAUGGUACACACAGAUGCAUGUGCGCGAGCAGUGUGGUCAGCAUGUAAGAAACACUGUCUGUCUCGUCCCAGCUCCUGACACAUUCAUUACUAUGGGACAGCUGGAGAUCGAAUUUGAAUAUUGAAACAAUGUUGCAAAUAUUGGAGAGAUAAACUGCAAGGUUUAUAUAAAUCUCCGCUGUUGAAAACUAAAUGUUAGUCUAAAAGAAAUGUGAGAAAAUGUCUAGAUGCUUUUUAUAGUAGAGAUCAAGUUCAUAAAGUGCCUGGCUGGGCUGAUGAGACAGCAGAUUGCGUAGUCAGAUGGAACAGACUAAAUAAUUGAUUUAGCUGGUGUUAACUUGUGGAAUAGACACUGGCUGGAAUGCAGUUUUAACCAAUCGGCAUUCAGGAUUAGACCCACCCAUUUUAUAAAUGUCAACAUUCUAUGGCAGCCAUGUUAGCACCUCAUUAACAUUGCAUGGGGAAUAUUUAAAUUAACUGAAUGUCUAGAAUUAGAACAAUAUUCAAAAAAGUGUCCUAACUCUAUAUACAGUGGUAAGAACAAGUAUGUCAAUCCUAUGGAAUGACCUGGAUUUCUGCAUAAAUUGGUCAUAAAAUUUGAUCUGAUCUUCAUCGAGGUCACAACAAUAGACAAACACCAUAUACUUAAACUAAUAACACACAAACAAUUAUACAUUUUCAUGUCUUUACUGAACAAACCGUGUAAACUUUCACAGUGCAGGGUGGAAAAGUAUGUGAACCCUUGUAUUUAAUAAUUGAUUGACCCUCCUUUGGCAGCAAUAAUCUCAACCAAACGUGUUCUGUAGUUGCGGAUGAGACCUGCACAACGGUCAGGAGGAAUUUUGGACUAUUCCUCUUUACUAAACUGUUUCAGUGUCUGGUGUGAACUGCUCUCGAGGUCAUGCCACAGCAUCUCAAUGGGAUUGAGGCCAGGACUCUGACUGGGCUACUCCAGAAGGCAUAUUUUCUUUUGUUGAAGCCAUUCUGUUGUUGAUUUACUUCUGUGUUUUGGGUCAUUGUCCUGUCGCAUCACCAAUUCAAGAAAAUGACAAUAAUUUGUGUGUUAUUAGUUUAAGCACACUGUUUGUCUAUUGUUGUGACAAAUUUGAUGACCAAUUUAUGCAGAAAUCCAGGUAAUUCCAAAGGGUUCACAUACUUUGUCUUGCCACUGUACAUGGCUCUGGGUACACACAGCUGUCUUGCAUUCUGUAGAAGCCAAAGUGAACCCUCUCUCUAUCCAUCCUGCUGACUUCUGUAGACUACAGUAGCACAUUUUGAGGAAAAACUAUUGGACUGUGUUCCUGUUUUCAAAGUGAUUGACAGUGGCAUGCACUCAUUAUCUCUACCGUCCAUGAUGGUCAGUCAUGGCUGAGCCCUUCCUACCCUACGACCUGAGUGCUUUCCUAGCCCUGCAUUGUUGAUGUGAUAAUGAACUCUCUGGUACAUGAUGACAUCUUGAGGGGUUUUUUGCAUCAUGAUGCUGAAAUACCAACAGAGGUGUGUGUGUUGGGUUGAAUAUUUCAAAUUCAAAACAUUUGUAAUGACUGAUAACUCGUUACAUUACAUCUUCCCAUUUCUCUCGAUCGUCUCUUCUGCUGAUAGAUAUUGAACUCAUGUACGUAGUUUUAUCAUUGUGUAAACAGCAUUACCCACAAAGCACGUACAGAAACAUUAAAACGUGUUUCAGAGGACUCGACCUUCGCCUCCCAAGCAGGUUGGGGAGUUGCAGCGAUGUGACAAGAUCGAAAUUGUAAAAAAAAAUAUAUAUAUAUAUAUUUAUUUAUUUGUACCCCAUUUUUGUCCACAAUUUCGAUCUUGUCACAUCGCUGCAACUCCCCAACCUGCUUAGGAGGCGAAGGUCGAGUCCUCUGAAACACGACCCGUCAAACCACGAGAAGCAUUUUCAUUUUGUCCAAGCUAUUAGCUGUGCCCUCUAUCAUUGCAGCAGGAGUAAAACUGAAUACAAUGUCUCUUCAAAUGUAAAAUUGUAUAAUGAGAUUUUGUUAGUGGUUGAGUUUUCAGUGAAGACUGUAUUUGUUAUUGUUGUUGUUAAUUUGUACAUAUAUUAAUAAAUAUCCAGUGUGAACAA